CUUUUCUCUUUGUCCUAUCCAGCUUUCAACUUGCUUCUUCAAUUGGAAAACAGUGUUCUCAUUGUUCUUUCUCCUCCCUAACCUACUAUAUUGCCUUGGUUGUUGAUUCUGUAAUACCUUCUACCCUCUUUUGUCAUAUAUCACCUUAGACCCUUUACUUUCUAAUGUGUUGCAGUAGUCUUCAUAUACCAACCAUGAUACAAAAUUUUGACCAGCAAGACUAUGUUUCUCGGUGCAUCUGGGUGAAUGGACCUGUAAUAGUAGGGGCAGGCCCUUCAGGUCUAGCCAUCAGUGCAGGCCUUAAAAAACAGGGUGUUCCAUUUGUAGUCCUGGAGAGAGCCAACUGCAUUGCCUCCCUUUGGAAAAACCACACUUAUGACCGCCUCAAGCUUCACCUGCCCAAACAAUUCUGUCAACUGCCUUACUUCCCAUUUCCAGACAACUUCCCAGAAUACCCCACCAAAGUCCAGUUCAUUGACUAUCUUGAAUCCUAUGCAAAACAUUUUGAAAUAACCCCAAGAUUCAAUGAGUCAGUGCAGUCUGCCAAGUAUGAUGAAACUUGUGGAUUAUGGCAGGUCAAGACCAUUUCAACAAGUGGUUCAAACUGGGGUGAAGUGGAGUACAUUUGCAGGUGGCUUGUGGUUGCCACAGGAGAGAAUGCAGAGAAGGUGGUUCCAGAAUUUGAAGGGCUGCAGGACUUUGGUGGGAGUGUCAUGCAUGCUUGUGACUACAAAUCUGGCGAGAGUUAUCAAGGAAAGCGUGUACUGGUAGUGGGUUGUGGAAAUUCUGGCAUGGAGGUCUCUCUGGACCUCUGCAACCACAAAGCAAUUCCAUCAAUGGUGGUUCGGAACUCGGUUCAUGUAUUACCAAGGGAAGUCCUGGGAAGAUCAACCUUUGAAUUAGCAGUUUUGAUGAUGAAAUGGCUCCCACUUUGGCUCGUUGAUAAGAUAUUGCUAAUUAUUGCAAGGCUCUUGUUGGGUAAUAUAGAAAAAUAUGGUCUAAGAAGGCCAUCAAUGGGUCCUUUAAAGCUCAAGAACACUCAAGGAAAGACCCCAGUUUUAGAUAUUGGUGCACUAGAAAGGAUUAGAUCUGGUGAGAUCAGGGUGGUCCCCGGAAUCAAAAGAUUUUCUCGUGGCAGAGUCGAGUUUGUUAAUGGCGAAAAUCUUGAGAUGGAUUGUGUUAUUCUGGCUACUGGGUAUUGCAGCAAUGUCCCUUCAUGGCUGAAGGAUAAUGAUUUCUUUUCCGAAGAUGGAUUGCCAAAGACUCCAUUCCCAAAUGGGUGGAAAGGCAAAGCUGGGCUUUAUGCAGUUGGGUUCACUAAGAGAGGCCUGUCUGGUGCAUCUAUGGAUGCAGCUAGAGUAGCAGAUGACAUUGGCAGAAUCUGGAAAACAAAGCAGAUAAAAUGCCUUAUGAGAUGCUUUUCACAUUUCUAAUACCAUGGGGGGCAGACUCUCAACACUAGUAAAGAGUGUUCAUGAGCAUUUUGAUUUUUUUUUUUUGUGGGGGGGUGACUGAUUGAUCAAAACUUUGAUCGGUUUUGUGUAGAAAAGAAUGUAAAAACACAAGAAAGGAACAUUUGAUACAGCACAGAAAGCAGCCCUCUCCAAAAAGAGUCCCCAGUUUUGAAAAAUAAUUGGGCAUUUUUUGUAAAGAGGAAGAUGAGGCUUUUUGUUUUUCUAGUUGUCAA